AUAAAAGAUGGUGCAAAUAAUCCUUGAUCAAAGGCCACCUUUUUGAGAACCGCUGACGCACCUUUGUUUCCCAAACAUUUGUCCAGAAAUCUAUACCAUGUGGUCAAAGUAGGCCCCUAAAAGCAUCUUGAAAAUUGCCAGAGGUUCUUCAGAAUGAGUACACAGAAGGGUAAUACACAACGUUGUCGACCUCAGAAACAUCAAAAUCGAACAUCCUUUAAGAACAGUCUCAACGAUACAAGCCAAAGAACUAAAUUUAUCAACAACAUUCAGGUGGCCAAGGUUUGCCAACGUUGCAAAGAAAUAAUAGAGUGGAAAAUUAAAUACAAGAAAUACAAGCCUCUCACACAACCAAAAAAAUGCGUAAAAUGUGAACAGAAAACCGUACGACACGCCUAUCACGUCAUGUGCAACGAAUGCGGAAAUAAACUUAAGGUUUGUACGAAAUGUGGCGAAGCGAAGGAGAUCGUCGAGGGAGUGACGGAUCCAAAAGAACAACUUCAGCUAGACUUAGAAAUGCAAGAAUUACUGAAAUCGUUGCCAGAGCGUAAACGACGGACUUUUAUUCGGCAUAUGAACAAACAAGCUGAGGAGAAUGUGGGGGAGUCGUCGCACGAUCAAAGAGCCGGGUUAAUUGACAAGCUCAACUCUCUCAAGGUGGCCGAGGACGAGUUUUCCGACUUUGACGACGAUUUUAGUGAUUAGUGACAUUUAUAAUUGUCAUUAAUGAAUAAGUUUUGUGACGAUUUUGUACAGGCAAUUUGUUACGAUAAAAAAACUGGAAUAUGUGCUGG